AUGAAUUACAGUCGAAGUUUUCAGUAAUCGGGCAUUCAGAUAACAUAAGUCGAAUUAAAGGAUUUUGAAAUAGAUGGUCCCAUUAAUGAUAGCAUCAGCGCAUAUUUUGCCAAGAAUAAAACAGAUUCAAGCAUAGUUUAUCUGAUGAAAAAAAUAAUUUUUACUACUCCUUCUGAGAGAUAGGUUUGUCUAACAUAGAUAUAGCAGCAAUCAAAUUUAAAUCUAAAGGGAUUUAUCUUCCCAAAAGCUAUAAGCUUGGAAAUGAGAGAUGAGCAUGAGCAUAUUCUCUAUUUGUUUUAUGAGAAGAGAGAAGGUUCUCUCAAAGAAGAUAUAGAAAAGAGACAGCGCACUCGAAAUUUCUACUCUACAGCUGAAUUAAAGGGUAUGAUUGAAUAUUCUUUUGAGCAGCUUCACAAGUUAAUUCUUAAAAAUACAUCACAUUUAAAUAUAAAACCUUCUAAUAUGAUUCAGAACAAUUAAGGAUAUUACUCAUUUUCUGAAGGAGGAUAUCCUUCCUAAAAUGUUACUUUAGAGAACGACGUUUUUCGUUCUCCAUAACUCCUAGAAUAUCUCAAAGAAAAAAAGCCAAUAUUAAAAAUGUCUUCUGAGUUGAGAGAAUCCUCUGAUAUUUUCUCUCUUGGUUUAUGCUACGUAUAGGCUGCUACUUUGAUGACUCCAAAAUAGCUAAGAUGCUUCAAUGACGAGAGUUAUUCACCCUAAGAAUCAAAAGAAAUUUUGGAUACAAUCCAAAAAAGAUAUGGUAAUGACCUAUUUAAAUUAGUAUCAACCAUGACUAGUUAUGAUGAUGAUAGAAGAUCAAGUUUAGAUGCAAUUAAAAAUAAAGAAUUUAGGAAUUUUUAAGAAUCAGAUGAUAAGCAAUUUAAAGGUGGUCCUGAUAGCUUAGAUAAUAAUGGCAUAAUACAAGCAACUCCAGAGGAUGAUGCAUUUGUCAAGAAGAUCAAAUAAAAGUGUGCAUAAUAUUGUGAAAAUAGGUCAUAGACUUUGCCUGACUUUUUUAGCAAAUCAGAUUAAUAUGAUAAAAUAACUAAAACUAUUACAAAGUACGAGUUUAGAAGAUUAAUCGAGCUUAUGGACAUAAGGUUAACUGAUUAUGAAGUCAAGUCUAUAAAUAGAGUUUUAGAUCCUAAUGACACUGGUAAAUAUAAUAUGGUGGAAUUCUUCAGAGAUUCAAGUACUAUAAGUUAAUCGAAUAUGUUGUUAAGUCAAAUGCUGAAAGACGACCUACCUUCGCUUGGAUCUGAAGAGGAAGAGCUUCUUCUAUAAAGUGCUCUAAAGAAAGCAUACAAUUUUAUUAAGAGAGAGAAUAUCAAUAUAGAAAGUUAGCUAAAAGAGGAAGAUAGUAGGUAAACAGGAUGGCUGACUUUCGAGCAAUUUAAUAAAGUUAUGAAUAGAAAUAGUAUUAUCUUUAGAGAAGCUGAAUUCAAUAGUAUAAAAGUGAAAUUUGAUCUUGAGUUUAAAAAGGAAAGAAUUUAAUAUUUGAAAUUUUUAGAAGCCAUGAAAAAAUCAUUCUCAGUUGGAGACUAAGAAUUAAAGGACUAGCUAAAUAUAAUAUUUUAAUCUAUAUACAAAAACUUUAAAAGCUUUGAUGAUUUUCUUCAUAAGUAAGCAAAGGAUAAUCAGAGUUAUAUCAGCUUCGCUGCUUUUACAACUUAUCUUUCAUAUGAUGGAAUCAAUAUUACUGAAAAAAUGAAUAAUAAGCUUAAGGAACUCUUGGAUCCACAUGUGUCUGGAUAAAUCUAUCUCUCAUAAAUUAAAGAGGUUUUCCAACCAAAUAUAGAAUCUCAUUUGUUAACAAUUAUUACAGAUUUAGCUAAUCAAAUUGAUAAGAAAAAUUUAUCAUUUUCUAGUUUCAUCUCAAACUAUUUUCCAAAGUCUUAUUACAUUAAAGUAGCUACUUUUGCAGAGAAAUCUUAUGAAGUUUUGAGGUGCAAUAUUGAAAGAAAAGAUGUUUCUUUUAUGCUUGAAUAUUUUAAAAUACAACCAAAUACUUAGGAUGAAUUCCAUAUUAAUAAACUCAAAGAGGAGAUAGCAACCUUUGCAAAAAAGAAUAAGAUUGUCUAUGCAUAACAAAUAUUUGGGGAUUCAAAUGCACCUCUAAAUGAGUCUGUUAGGCAAAAAAGGGAUUCUGAUGCUAAUUUAAGAGGCAGUGAAAAUUAAAGUAAUUAUGGAAAGAAGAAAGAUUACAGUUUCUCAGCCAUUAUAGCUGAUUUGAAAGAAGCUGCUAGAAGUUUUAAAAGACAAGAUAUUCUUAAAUUUUAUGGACUAUCAGAUAAGAAAAAUGUCAGUCUUAAUUACGAUACAUUUAAAAAAUAUCUUGAUUUCUUUAAGCGCAUGGAAGAAUCUGAGAUAUCUAUUUUAUUUAAUUAGCUUUCCAAAAAUAUAAAUAAUGUUAAAGUAGUAGAUGCAGUUGAAUUCUUAAGUUUAUUAGAUAUAAAGACCUAUGAUGAGGCUGAUAUCAAGCCUGCUGAGUUGGUUGGCGGUUUUAAUAUAAAUGAUGUGUAAAAAUACUCCCCAGUUUUUAUUGAAAUAAAUAGAUUAUUGAAAGAUAGAGGAGUAGGUGCUAAAAGCCAUUUCUCAUCUCACUAAUCUAUUGUUUAAAGAUCAUUUGUAGAGGAUAGACUGAGAGAGUUAAAUUUCAAGGUUGACGACUUUGGUAGAGAACUUGAUAUGAUUUUCUAAUAAAUUGGUGGUAGAAUUGACAGAGUUGAAAUUUAAAAGUUUGUGGAUGUAGUAAAUCACUUUGAAAAUAUAGCUAGCAACAAAGUGGUUCUUAUUGAGAAUAAAAGCGCUAUUGUUUGGUUCAUUAAAAUUUACAAAGCUAUGCAAGACACAUCUAUUUCUUUGAAUGCAUUUAAUAGACUUAUUUCUGGCAGUGAUAGAAUAAGUUAAGAUGACUUUACAUAUAAAAUUGAGAGAGAGCUUGGGUUGAGAAAAGAUGAUAAUUAUCAAAUUUUCUUAGAGUCUAUUUCACACAAAAAUGGUGAUAUUUCCUUUACAAAAUUUGAAGAGGGUUAUAUAAAAGAAGAAAAGGCUCUAAAGGCUUUGAAUGAUAUCAGAUUAAUGACUAAGUCCAACCAAAAAAUAAUUUCUUAAGCAUUUUCUAACAUGGACAUUAAUGGCGAUGGGUUGAUAACUAAGAAUGAGUUUAUAGAGAUGAUGCCAGUCAUAAACUCAAGUUUAAAUAAAGAAGAACUCAAUUAUCUCUUUGAAAGAUUAGAUUUAAAUAAUAGUGGAAAUAUUUCCAUAGAUGAAUUCAGAGACAAUAUUAUGGGCAGAGACGCAGUUAAAAAUUAAUAAGAUUAUGAAAGCAAUUUAAAAUCUUUCUAUCAAGAACUUUAACAAGUAAUUCACAAUUCCAGAAAAACAUUUGAUGAUCUCUUCUUAGAUACAAAGGAAAAAUAAAUGACUACUGCAGAGUUUGAAAAGAUUUUAGGCAGAUUAGGAUAACGUCUUGAUGAUAAGUAAAAGAUUUUAAUGGUUAUGGAAGAUCUGACUUUUGGAGGUGUUGUGUUCAACAGAAUGAGACUUAAAAAGAAAUAUCAAAAGUAUGUUGAUAAUUACAAAGAAUAACAAUACUAAAACUCUAAGAGCAGCAAUAUGAGUGGAAAUUCUGCUAAAUAAGAUGCUUACGAAUUUGUUAAAAUUAUUAAAAAUUCUGUUAAAAGUCAAAAUCUUUAUUUUGAUGAUGUGUUUAAUAGAAGGAAAAAUUAUCAAAAAAGUGAUUUCAGCGACUUGCUUUACAAUAAGCUGAAUGUAAACACUAAACGCUAUUCUGAUAUUUUUGACAAUUUUUGGAGCUAUUUUAAGGAUUAGUACAAUAACGAACUAGAAUUUAAGCUUUUUGAAGAAGUUUACAACGAUUUAAGAGAGAAUAUGAAUGAGAGCAGCAGUAAAGGACAGGGCAGAGAUAAUUUUGGCUCGAAAGAUAAUUAUGCAAAAGUUUUAGAUAAAUUUUUAGCUGAUAAUGCUAAGGAUUGUGAUAAUGAGUUUUAGAGAUUCCAUGAAAAAUCUAUCACAAUAAAUGAGUUCUUAAGAGCUAUCAAAAAAGUUGGGUUAGAUCAAUAAUUUAGAGAUAAAGAUAUUGAAGAUUAUUGCUAAGAGUACAAUGCAGUUCUUAAAAAUGGAGAAAUAGAUUACCCAUUUUUACUUGAAAAAGUGAAAAGAAAGCAACGUGAUGAUAGAAAUGACGAUAGAGAUAGAGAUAGAAGAGAAAAAAAUAGAGAUGAUUAUGAAGAUAGAUAAAGAGGGGAUAGAGAUUUUGAUAGAAAUAAGAGCCAAAGAGAUUUCGAUAGAAGCAGAGAUUUUGAUAGAGAUUAAGAUAGAAACAGAGAUUAAGAUAGAAAUAGACAAAAUGAUGAUAAAAGAAAUAGAUUUAGAGAUGAUAAUGAUGAAAGAGAUGAUAGAAGAAGAAGAAACGAAAGAGAUGAUGAUGAGGACAGAAAUUAAAAGUUUAGAAACGAAAGAAACGAUUAAAAUAGGAGAAGAAAUGAUGAUGACGAAGACGAUGAUGAUAAUAGAAGAAAUUAAGGAAGAAAAUAGUAUGAUAAAAGAGACUAUUAAAAUGCUUUAAAAAAUUUCCUUGAAUAAAUGAUUUAGAAUAAGUGUAAUAUUUUUGAUGUAAUUAAAGAUGCUAAGUUGGAUAAGUACAAAGAAGGAUUAGUUGAUGAAAGGGAUUUCUGGGAAGAAAUGAAAUUAAAGAGAGUCAAAAUUUCUAGCAGUGACUAAGAAAUUAUUGGAACCUAUGUAACAAAUAAUAAAAGAAUGCUUGAUUAUUAAAAGCUAGAUGGAGACAUUAGAGCUUUUAUUGAAUAGGCUAGGAAGGCCAAAGGUGGUGACGAUAAAAAGAAGAAAAAGAAGAAAAUGAAAUCAGAUGAACUUAAUAAAAUUAUUGAAGAAUUCAGGAAAGACAUGAAAAAAUAUCUUGAAUCCAAAAACGUUGGUGUUAGGUAUAUUUUCAAAAGGUUUGACAAGGAUAUUGAUAACUUUAUUUCAUUUUCUGAAUUCGAAAAUGCUCUAAAAGAUAGUAAACUCUGUCCAUUCUUCGAGUAAUAUGAGCACAUAGAUGGAAUAGUAGAAAAUAUUUUCGAUGUUUUUGAUGAGGAAAAAGAGCUUAAGAUUGACUUAAGUUAAUUUACUAAAGUUCUCUUCCCUUAAUAGAGUAAUAUUUAAAUUGAACCAAUCAUGAAGCAAUUCAAAACACUUAUUAGUGGCUCAACUGAAGAGGAUUUGAGAAGAGAGUAUUAAAAAAUAGAUAAAAAUGAAGAUGGAAAAAUUUAAUUUAGUGAAUUCCAAAAAUAUAUAAAAUCUUUUACUAAGGGCAAAAUGUCUGACAUAGAAAUAGAAAGUUUAUUCUAGCACUUCACUAAAGAACAAGGAACUGAUACUAUUUCUAUCGACCUUUUCAUUAAUGUCAUUUUAGAUGAUCACAUGAAUUUCGAAAAAAUUAGGUAAAAAAUCAUAGAAUACAAAGAUAAAAAGGAUAGGACAUUAAAAUCAAUAUAUGACCAAUACGCUGGUCCUCAAGGCUCUAUUAAUCUUCACUCUCUUUAGAUGUUCUUUUAAGUUUUAAAACUUGAUUUCAACAUGGACUAGCUUGAUGAGCUGUUUUCUUUCUUAGAUAAGAAUGGUGAUGGUAUUAUUUCUUAUGACGAGUUCUAUGAUGCUAUUGAGAAAGCAGAGGUAAGCUUAUUCUAGUUGCUGAAAAGAAUGAGAAGAGAAUUUGUAAAAGCAAAAUGCGAUAUAGCAAAGGAACUUUCAAACAGAUCAUUUGGAAGAGACACUGUGGGUUUUGGUGAUUUUAAGGACUGCAUUUAACAAUUUAAGGUGGAGGUUAAACCUUUUGAAUAUGAUGCUUUAUACAAGAAAUAUGGAAAAAGCGAUUAUAUUUUGUAUAAUAACUUUUUAUAAGACUUACUUUCAAAUAAAUAUGAUAUUGAACCAAUAAAAAAGAAAAUUAAAGAAUAUAUCAAUAAAGAAGGCUUAAACUAUGCCUCUUUCUUUGAUCUUUUUACUAGUUCUCCCGAUUUGUUAAAUUUCCCAGAUUUCUAAAAUAUGUUAGCAUAGUGUGAGGCAAAUAUUCCUAAAGAUGAGAUGCUUGAAGCAUUUUCAGCAUUUGAUUUAAAUAAUAGUAGAAAAAUUCAUAAAAAUGAGUUCAUAGAUGUGCUUGAGGGCAGAAUAGCACCAUAAGCUGCAAUUGGAUUCAAUAAUAUGCUUUAAAAUGCUAUGAAUUACCAACCAAUGAAUUAAAUGGAUUAUUCGCUUUCCGCCUCAGUUAAUAUGGGCCUUACAAAUAUGCUAGGAUAUGCUGGAUAUGGAUAAAACACUGGUAAUGUUGUAGAUAAUUAAAGUAUGGUUCAAUCUUAGUUUGUUUAGACAUAGUAUGGGCUUCCCCCUAGACCCUCAAUCUUAAUUACGAAUCAAUAAAAUUAGUUACAACCAGCUAUUCCUAAUAGUGGCUUUGCUCCUUAGAAUAAUUAAAAUAAUUAAACUCCAUAAAUAAAUGUUUUAGAUGCUAAUAAAGAGGUUGUUUUAAGAGGAGACUGCUCAGUUGAAGAGAUUAUUGACUAAAUAAAAUAAGUGUGUUAGAAUAAAUAUAUCAACCCUUUCUAUUUAUUCGUCUAAAUAGAUACAAAGUUUAUUUGCGGAUAUGAUAAUGAAAGUGACAUAGAAGAAGUUAUGAGCAAAGGAUUAGGCAUGAAACUUAGAAAUUCUCAUUAUAUUGACAUAUCAUAGAGGUUUACUAUAAAAGAGAAAAAGUUACUGGCCUAUUAAAAUAUAUUGAAAGAUAUUAUAGGUUUAGUUUCUCUUGUGAGAUAAUGCAUGCUUUACUCAAUCAAGGUUCAAGGCAUUACUUUAGAAGCUUUUAUUAAUAAUUUGUUUACUUAGUAUAAGACAAAGCAAUUUUCUGGUGAUCUUCUAAAAGCAUACAUUUAAUACAGCUUAAAUAUAACUACAGCUACUCCAUAAGAAGUUUAGGAAUUAUUCAAUAAUAUUAUGUAACACAAUAAAGAGAAAUUCACUAUUUAUGAUACAAUUGCAUCUUUCCUUUCAGUCAAUGUGAAAUAUGAUGGAAAAAUGGAUAGCAUUAAUAAGAUCGAUGUACUCACAACUUCAGGCAUUUUAAGCUAAAUGAAAUUAUUGUGCAGCUAACUAAGAAUAUCUUUGAUUGAUGUGUUCUAGCUUUAUGAAAGUUAAGGCCUUUACAAUAUUAACCCAAGACAAUUUUCAAAGAUUUUUGAGGAUUUAGAUAUUAACUUAACAAAAAAUUAAAUUGAUUCUAUAAUUCAGUAAUACUAAAUUGAAGGCCAAAUAAAGAUUCAAUAUCCUAUAUAUGAAGCAGAAGCCUUCCCUGAAACGUUUAGAAAGUUUUGUCUUAAUGUUAUAAGAUGCAAUAAGAUGGGAUUCUAAGAUUUCUUCUCACAUUUUGCUCCUUAAAAUUCUUAAAGAUGGACAAAGCAAGAAAUAAAAUUGUUGUUCUCUAAUUUCCACAUUUUUCCUAGUGAAAAGGAGAUUGAUAGUCUUUAUGAUGUUAUUGCUAAAAGUAAUAGUAGUAUAUAUCCAAACUAAUUAGCAGAUUUCUUAGGAAUUCAAUCUAACCUCUCAAGCAUUCAGUGUGUUUAAUAUUACGAAAAUAUACUUAACAAUGUGCAAACAACAAUUAAUGAAUACAAUAGAAAUAGACCUGCUCUUUUAAGUAGGUUGUCAGCAAUGCCACCUCAAAUUAACCCUUAUGAUGCUCAAUAUCUAUAGAAAAAUGCAAUGUUUGUAUAGACCUAAACAUAAACACACAUAAGAUCUCCUUCUUUAUUAAAUGUGAACCCUCAAUAAAGUAUGAAUGAUUUCUAGUUUUAGAGAACAGAAACAGUAGUCAGCUCUGCAUAGCCUUAAAAGCAAGUUUAAUUUUCAUAAAAUAACUUCUACGAAGAACCCUAAAAAAGAUAUGAUCAAUAGCCUUAAGGAUAUGACUAACAAAAUCAAUAUGAUCAAAGAAGACCUUAUGAUUAAAACUACCAAGGUUAAUAAUAGUAUGAUUAAAGAAGACCAUACGAUCAAGGCUAUGAUUAAAAAAGACCAUAGGACUAAGGUUAUGACUAAAGAAGACCAUAGGACUAAGGAUAUGACCCAAGAAGAUUUUAAGAUUAAGGUUAUGAUUAAAGAAGACCCUAAGACUAAAGAUAAGGCUAGAGAAGGUACGAUUAAGAGUUUGACUAAAGAGGAUACAAUUAGUCAUAGUAUUAAUAGCAAAACUAACCGUUUAGUUAACAACAAAGUUAAUAGAAUAUAAACGAACUAAAUAGAGGACAGAAUAGCUAAUUUGAUCCAAGAAGAAGUAUGAACUAGUUUGAUUAAAGAAACUAAUUCCAAGAUGUUAAAAAUAACUCAUAAGGCUAAAUACCAUUUGAACAAAACAUGAAAAAUAAGCAGAUUAUUGAAGAAUAGGCUAAUCUAUUAUCUAUAAGUUUGAAUAAUAAAGGCGGUAUUGAAUUGAUAAAUAAAGCAGGAAAAGAAGGCACUAUUAACCCUGGAAUAUUUGAAGGAAUUCUAGUCAAAUUCUAUGAUAUGUUGAGUUCUCCACAACUUAAAAUUUUCAUCGAUAGUCUUCUUGACAACUCUAAUAUGAUAUAAUUACAAGCAGUAUUUAACAAAUGCUAAUAUGAUCAUAGAAAAUUCAUAGAUAAUCAAGAAAUAAAUAAGUAGUUAGGUGUUGGAAGAAAACAAGAUUUGCCUUAAGGAUCAAAAGCUGUUACUAGUAAUGAACAAUAAAGAGUUGAAUAAAUUAGAUUAGCUCUCUUAGAUAUAUAUAAAAACGAUUUCCAAUAACUCAGUGAAACAUUCUUCAUGAGUACCCCUUUGAUAGAUUUAUAGCAAUUCCUUCAAAUAACAAAGCAGAUUUUCUCUAUGUCAGGCUCUUAAAUUUAACAACCUCAUGAAAAGGAAUUGGAAUGGAUGUUUAAUGAAAUCGAUGCAAAUUAAGGAGGAACAAUUACAUACAAUGAAUUUGAGUUAUAUUUUGCUGGAAGCUAAGAAGUUGUUCAAAAAAAGCGCAAUAAAAAACUUAGCAUUUCACCUCAAAUGGAAUAAGAAAUUCUUGAAUUGUUCAAAGUAGUAGAUGUCAAUGGUGACUAGCAAAUAAAUGCUGAUGAGCUCAACAGACUUUUCUCAAAAAUAGGAAGCUUUGCUUCAGCUUAGGAAAUAGAGGAAUAUAUAAGAAGAUAUGAUAAAAACGGAGAUAGAACUUUAGGAUUUGAAGAAUUUAAAAUGAUCAUGGAAGAAAAAAUAAAGAAUGAAAUGAUGACCUCAGAAUCUAUUAUAGAUGACUUGAAGAAGGAAUUUAAAAAAGUUGACCUACAAAACACAAGAAGCUUAAAUAUUGGAUAGUUAGGUUAGGUCUUCAGUAAUAUGGGAGUUCAAUUAAAGCCUUCAGAAUUAAGUGCAUUAUUCGUAGAAAUAGAUGUUGAUGGCAGCAGAACUGUUGAUAUAGACGAGUUGAUUGCAUUCAUUACUAGAAACUCAGAUGGAGUCAGCACUCUAGCUUAAACAGCCAUUUUAAAUAUAAGAUCAAGUAGAAAAUUUUCUAUUAAGGAUUUACUUGAUACUUUUAAGUAGAUGCCAUCAAAUUAUAGACUUUCUUUUAUGAGAACUCAAUUUUAAAGAGGCUAAAACUUACCAAGCUCUACUUUGCGCCCUAAAGUAACAGCUUCUCUAAUCUACUCAGACCUUCAUUAUGAUAACCCAGGAAUAAUUGAUAACAAUUUAUCAGUUCUUGAUCACAAAUAUAAUUAAUCUGCCUUCUAAAUUGAAUUGACAUUUAAGAGUGCUACUGGUAUACCGAUACCUGAUGUAAAUGCAUUCCCUCGUGAUCAAAUAUUUAAGAGAAUUGCUUAUGUGUCACUAUAUGAUGGUAAUAGACAAUAUUUAGGAAAUACAUGUAGAAUAGAAUCAUUCUGGAACCCUAAUAAUGAAGAUAUAUGGGAAUUUGAAAAAUAAUAAUUUGGAGAUUAAACUCUAUUUGUUCGUUUUAAUGGAUAUGAUAAAAAUAAGCACACUAACUUAAAUAUUUGUAUUGAGCUUGUAAUGAACUAUCUUCCUAAGAAGAGUAAUUCUAAAUGUGAUUUGGAGAUAUCUGUUUCUCAUGUUAUUAUACCAUUUACUAGUCUUAGCAGAAAUGGAGAAUAUUCUUUUUAACUUAAUGGAGGAGAACCUACUAAACCUGCUAACAUAAGACCUGAAGAUAUUAGAGCAAAGAGAUCAGGAGUUUCGGCUUUGAUUAAGACUUUCAAAAAAGUAGAAUCGCAAAUUAAGGUCAACAUAAAUACAAAUAUUACAAAUAAAAAUCAUCUAAAUGAUUUAGCAAUCAUGCCUGACAUGAUUGUCAUGAGAAGAACUAAUCUUCCCUUCUUCACUAUAUACAGAGAAUACUUUGGUUUCAGGAGCAUUUGUAAGAAAGAAAUUGAUAUUAGCUUAGCUUGCGACCCUAUAUUUAAGACAUUUAGCAAAGUUAUUGACUGCCCUGACACUGUUAAUUUUAUUGGAGAUUUUUGGAGAAAUGAAGUAGUAGUAAAAAUUUAGAAGUUAGAAGAUCAAAAGAUUGCCUUCUAAAAAAUUAUGAAUCACCUUUAUUUGCUUUUUAAUUAUGAUAGAUUUGCAUUUGCUCCUAAUGAUCCUACUGCAAGUGUUUAUUGCUUCCCAAUGGUAAUUCAAGAAAGAAAUAGGUUGCUUAAUUUAUGUAUAGAAGAUUUAAGAAUUAUGCUAGGCCUUAAAAUUGGAUAACCAUCUAAUCUUAAGAUUUAAGAGAGCUCUGUUCCUUUCACAAUAGAAGAAUUAUUAGAUGAUAAUCAAGAAGAUGAUAACAACAUGUUCUAAGAGUUUUUAGCAAGAAAGUCUUCAUAGUCUAUUUUAUCCAGAAAAUGA